AUGAGCAAAAAAAGACAGUAUACAAUAACCCUUUUGGCCAAGGGAAUUAUUUCAGAAGAUUUGCAUUACGGUAUAUAUGCACGAAAUUGGUGGGAAUUAUGUAAAUUUGAUAAAACUAACGCUAAUUUGAUACCUUAUCGAUUAUUUAUGUCUGUUAAUUGUUAUCUUAACAAUAAGAACUUUGCAAUAACAGUUCUUAAUAAUGAACAAACACAAAAUCCAUGUUUCAGCUGUGUUUGUGAUGAUAAAGAUUCUGGAGCUCAGCCAUCAGCUUCUGUAGCAAUUAAUGAAACGUAUAACCAAAAUUUUGGUAAUAAAACAAAAUAUUCAGGAUUAGCUGUUAUGGGGUUUGAAAAUGAAUCAAUUAUUCAUGAGUUAAUAGCAGAUGUUCAAUUUAUUCCAAUAUUUAUUCAUUUAGAUAAAAUAUUAAUUGUGGUCAGUAAAAUUGGUAUUUCAUCUUGUGAAGAAUAUUAUGGUGCUGGUCAAGGAUAUCUUUCUACACUUAUAACGAAAUAUAAUGGUAAACAAUCACUUUUUAUACAAUCUAUACUAGAAGAUGAAUGUAGUUUGGACAUUUAUUAUGAAGGUAUUAAAUUAUACAAUAAUAAGGAUACUACGCCUAAUAAAAUUUGGGAGACUAUUGGCAUUCUCAGAAAAUAUGAUGGAGUGACUUUAUUUGGAAUCACUAAUUCAUACGUUCAACAAAAAUUGGAAGAAUUGAAAAAGAAUAAUAAUAUAAUUACUUGUACGAGUGAUAAUUGGGAAAAUAUUGAUUUACUGAAUCUUAUAUUUGAACAAAAUAUAAAAAAACAAAAAGAAUUAGGUGCAUGGCGAGCAAUGCUUCGUGCCUCUGGUUGUAUUAAUAUCACCUCAUUUUCAAAAAAAUGGCAUAUAAUUGAAUUUUGGAUAAAGGCACCAGAUUCUUCACCUGAUAGGGAAAAUCUAGCGAAACUUUUUAAAUCAGGAAUGCUAGUAGUGAUAGAAAAGAAAUCUAACCCUGAUAAUGAAAAUAAAACACUUUGGAAAAGUUUACAAAAAGCUUUAGAAAAAAAUAAAAGAGGAGAUGAUGGAAAAGUAGGAAAUGAUACAAUUAAUUCCACACGAAAACAUGCAAAACUUAAUGGACCAGGAGCACCAAGCCUAAUAAAACCAAGAAGAAUUGUUAAACAAAUGUCUGAAAUUAAAGAAAAACAAUUUCUAAUAUUUUUUCAGGAUCGAAGUAUAGUUGAACAAAGUUCUUACAAAGUGGAUAAAAAUGGAUUGCCAAUAUUAUAUAUGAGUGAUCAAAAAACUAAACUGUGGAAAAAAUUUGAAGAAACUUUUCCUAAUGGUAUGAAAAAGACAUCAUUUAUGGGCCGAUUAGCAAACUGUAGUAAUAUCAAAUAUAGAGAUGAUAUGGGUGAACUUUGUCUCACCUGUAAUGAGUAUGGCUAUACUACAUUUGAAUCUUUAAUAGCUAUUGCACGCAAUACAUUUUCACAAAAAGAUCAAUUAGAUAAUAUAUUGCGAAAAAUUGAUGCUUUAAAGCGCCAUAUGCGUUAUGGUUAUGAAAGAGAAUUAGUGGUUGAUGCUGAUGGUACAACAAAACAUAAUCCCAUUGUUUGCCAUAUGCCUUUGGAAAAUGUUCUGAAAAACAUAAUUCAUGGUGCUUAG